CGGAGCCUCCUCCGAAUCCAACUGAACACUUACACACCCGGUCGGCGGUCGUCUCGCCCACAUCGCCAGUUCGGCACACCCAAACCCCUGCCUGCACCUCGUGAACGAACCACGAAUAAUCCCCAACCCGACUCUCCGCUCCUUUUUCCCGCAUUGCAUUAAUUAGUAGUAGUAAACGUUUAGCGGCGGCAUCUUGGGUCGGAUUCGGUUCCCGUCGAUACCUCUCCCGUUGAUUGCGCUCGCGCAGGUCGCCGGCCGGCGGGGGGGCGCUUGGGUCGGCGGUGAUGGGGAAGGGGGCGAGGAGCGGGAGGCGCAGCCGUGCGUCAGGCGGCGGCGGGGGUGGACGCUGGAGCAAGCGCCCGCGGCGGGUCGCGGAGGAGGAACAGGAGGAAGAGGAAGUAGAGCCGGUGGAGGGGGAGGAGGAGGCGGAGGCGGAGGCGGAGGCGGAAGCGGUGGAGGGGGAGGACUAUUGCUUCGUCUGCAAGGACGGCGGUGACCUCCGCGUCUGCGACUUCAGGGGCUGUCACAAAGCUUACCAUCCUGCUUGCGUGGAGAAAGAUACCGACUUCCUCAAUUCAGAUGAAGAAUUCAUCUGUGAGUGGCAUACUUGCUUUAUUUGCAAAGGGCGUUCACGCUAUUAUUGCUUUUGCUGUCCAUGGCACACCUUUUGUCAAGGUUGCGUGAAACAAGCUGAAUUCGUCCCCGUCUUGAGGAAGACAAAGGGAUUUUGCACCAACUGUUUAAGGAUGGCAAUCAUGAUUGAGAAGAAUGUUGAUGUUGACUCUGAUGGGGAGAGGGUCGAUUUCAGUGAUAGGACGACUUAUGAAUUUUUAUUCAAGGAGUAUUGGGAGGAGAUAGUUAAAGACAAGGAGGGCAUGACUCUAGAUAAGCUUGAAAAAGCAUAUGCUUCUCUGAAAAAAGGCCUAAACUGCAAACAAGAUCUAGAUUUAGAAAAGGUUCGUGAUGAAGAGCGCAGUUCAGAUGAUGAUUUUGUGGGCAAUAGUGAUGAUGACGACGACAACAAACCAUCUUCCAUAACCAAGUUCAAUGGAGCAUCAAAUACAAUGAAAUUCUUCCUGAGGGAAGAUAAGUCAAUGAAGAAUGGCUAUGUGGGCUGGGGUUCAAAAGAGCUCAUUGAGUUCCUUUCCUCAAUAGGCAAAGAUACAUUGAACUCCCUAGAUCAACAUGGUGCUGCUGAAGUUGUGAGGGCAUACAUUCAACAAAAUGGUCUCUUUGCAAAAGAUAAUAAGAAAAAACUUGUCCUAUGUGAUGACAAGCUCAAGAAUUUGUUUAGGAGGUCAAAAGUGAGGUACAACAGGAUAUUUAGCUUGUUAGGAAAGCAUAUUGCUGUGGAUAUGACAUCAGAGGAUGAAACUUUUGUGAACUCCGACAAUAACAAUGAAACAUUUGUGAGAAAGAAGACUCGUAUUGGGAACUACAGUUCCAAUACUCCAGAAAUAAACAAGAAAUGUUUUGCUGCUCUUGUUCGUCAUAACAUUGAUUUAAUCUACUUGAAGAAAUCUUUGGUUGUGGAUCUACUAAAGGAGCCAGAUACAUUUGACAGCAAAGUUAUUGGUUGUUUUGUGAAAGUAAAGAUCGAUCCCUACGAUUAUAGUUUCUACAUGCAUAAAACAUUGCGCCAGCAUAAAAAGCUGCACCAGCUUGGACUAGUAACAGGCACAAGGAAAUCCUCUGAAGAAUACAAGAUAAACAACGUAUCGACAGAUGUUAUUUUAUGUAUUUCCAGCAUACCUGAUGUCAAAAUUUCGAGUUUGUCAGAUGACGAAUUCGACGAGGAAGAAUGUCAAGAUCUUCGGCUGCUGGCCAAGAAUGAAUCCUUUAAAAGGCCUACUGUUGGUGAGCUUGAGGAGAAAGCAAGAAGUUUACGCAGGGACAUAAUGAGUCACUGGAUCAGUAAAGAACUCCAGAGGCUAGAAAGAUUAAUUGACAGAGCAAGUGAGAAAGGUUGGCACAAGGAGAAGUUUGAAUACCUUGAUAAGAAACAGCUCUUACGAAAUCCAUCUGAACAACAACGUCUACUUGAAGAGGUCCCACGAGUUAUUCCAGAGAUGGAAGAUAGUCAAGAUACCGAAUUUCAAGUUACAGGACAAGACAAACCUAUUCAAAAGAGUAUUGUCGCUUUACAAGGUACCAAUGGGACAGGGUCUCCUUUUUUGAAGAGCUGCACAGAAAAAAAAUUCAAAGGUACUGGUGGCGAGAGAAAUCUUUCUUUGAAAAGUUUAUUGGAAGAAAAAUCUGGAGUUACUACGGCCUACACUGAUGGUGGUACUGCUGUAAUACACACUUCAAAUCAGAGCACUAAAGCUGCCAUUGCAUUUUCUCCUGUGCUACCAAAGUAUUUACAUCGCCAAGCUGCCACCGAAGCCAAUAAUGCUGGUGAUAUUUCACCUAUUCAAAAGCUGGAUGCUGAAGGUGCUAAAGCUAGCACUGAUGGUGAUAAAACUGUAACAGACAUUCCGCACGGGAGCAUUGAAGCUACCAAAGCCAACACUGCCGGUGAGGCACCUGGAGCAUUUUUGGAAAAGCAGUGUGCUAAAGGUGCUGAUGUUAUUACCAUUGAAGACGAUGAUGACGGCAACAACAAUCAUCCUUGUUAUAAAGGACAACAAACAGCAGUAGUUGCUUUUCAAGAAAAAACAGCAGUAGUUGUUGACCUAGAAGCUGAUGAUGCCGGGGGUAACCAUCCCGUGCAACAUGAGACAAAUAGCAGAGGCCAUAGACACGCGAAGGUGAAUGGAGAAGUCCCGCAGCGCAUUUGGUAUUACCUUGAUCCUCAGGGUGAAGAGCAAGGGCCAUUUAUAAUGCAGCACCUGCGCAUGUGGUGGGAAAGUGGCUUCUUCACCAAGGACUUCAGAGUCUGGAGAGCAGGCCAAACUAGUAAUGAAGCCAUCUUGCUCACAGACGCACUACAGAUGAUGGGCUAGGCUAGUUAGGAGCCUCGUAGAAGACUAGAUGUAUUAUAUGUAGGUAUAUGCAUUGCGGAAAAGCGGGAGGGCUUUGAGGCAGAUAUAUAUGGUCUGCUUGGGUGUAAAUCCUUUGUUGUCAUAUAUGUGGUGACAGUGUGACACCCUUACCCUAGCCCCACCCUCACCUCACCCACCCAUCAAAAACCACUCACCAAACAAAACAAUGGUGGUUUGCUGGGAAAGAUGUUUCGUUGGGAUGAAAUAUUUCUGGACUAUAUGGACUAUCCAAUUAAUAUCCCCGUGCUGUGACUGACAAUGUUACUGAAAAUCUGGUUGUUUGGCCAGGUUACGGAGAACAUA